CGCGUAGUGCUGGUGCCCGUCCCCGGUAAGGCCGAACCGGGCCCGGUGCUCGCGGAGGGGCCGAGGCGGAGCCCACACCCCCGGAGCCGUCACCGGAUGCGCACAGCCCCCGGCGGUGCCCGGACCGCUGCCCCGGGGCUCCCCGCGGCCUCGUCCCGACGACGGCGCUGGCCGGGCCCGGCGCGGCCUCCGUGUCCGGUGGGCAGUGACCUGUGAGCCUGAGGAUGCCUCUGCACGGAGCGAGGGCUGCGGCUCUGCUGGCUUGGGUGAACAGCACCAAUGUGUGCUCCGAGCCCAUCCAGGAGCUGUCCCAGCUCCGGGACUGCAGCGUCUUCAUCCGGAUCAUCAGCAGGAUGCUCCGGAGCGAGGCCGCGGAUUCGGCGCUGGAGCAGCCGCUGCCACAGAGGAUCAGCUUCAUCUGCUCCUUCCUGCAGAAGCACUGCAAGCACAAAUCAGCCCCGGAGAGCCUGAUCCCGGCACAGCAGCUGCUGGAGGGAGAGGAGCUGGCCUUGGCCAAGGUGGCUGUGAUGCUCCUGUACCACACAUCCAUGAGCUGCAGGAGCCCCACGCACUGGAGCAGCUUUGACUAUGAGACACAGGUGGAGCUGGCAGCAAUCCUCAGGUUCGUGCUGGACAAUGAGGAGAGUCUGAGCGAGAACCUGGAGAUGUUCCUGCAUAGGAAGGCCCCACCACCCUCAUCAUCAUCCACCAGCUCCGAGGAGCAUUCCCCACUGCUCCCAUUCCCACAGAAGCGGGAGGUGCGUUUCCUGGAGCUGCAGAAGAUUGCUUCAUCCUCCUCAUCCUCCUCCAGCACCAACAAUGCCCUCCCCGCGGGCCCCUCCUCGCCCAUGGGGGACAUCCUGCAGACCCCCCAGUUCCAGCUGCGGCGCCUCCGGAAGCAGUUGGCUGCGGAGCGGGAGAACCGGGAUGAGCUGGAGGUGGAGCUGGCAGAGAACCGGAAGCUCAUCACCGAGAAGGAGGCUCAGAUCACCCUGCUGCAGCAGCGGAUCGACCGCCUGGCCCUGCUCCAUGAGAAGCACACUGCAGAGCAGCUGGAGCCCAAGGAGAUGGAGGAGCUCAGGGAGAAGAACGAGAGCCUCCUGGCGCGCUUGCACGAGGCCCUGAGGCAGUGCCAGGACCUGAAGACCGAGAAGGGGCAGAUGGACAGGAAGAUCAGCCAGCUCUCCGAGGAGAACGGGGACCUCUCCUUCAAGCUCCGGGAGAUCGGCAGCCACUUGGUGCAGCUGCAGGAGGCUCUGAAUGAGCUCUCGGAGGAGCACAACGCGGCCCUGGCCCAGGCCCAGGAGAAGCAGGGGCAGCUGGAGACGGAGCUGCGGGGAGCCCUGCAGGACAAGAAAUGCUCCGAGGAGAAGAUCGAGAUCCUGCAGGGGAAGCUCUCCCUGCUGCAGGAUCAGCUGGCCCAGCUGGGAGAGAGCAGCAGCCACAAGGGAGAGGUGCUGGGGGAUGCCCUGAAGCUGGAGGAGCUGAAGCAGGAGGUGUCCGUGCUCACCAGUCAGGGUGCUGAGCUCCAGGCCACGGUGCUGCGGCUGCAGGAGGAGAAGCAGCAGCAGGAAGCAGCCCUGCAGUCCCAGCGGGGCCUCUUUGAGGAGGAGAAGCAGCAGCUGGGCAGCCUGGUGAGCAGCCUGCAGGAGUCCCUGUCGGAGAGCCAGCGGCACCGGGAGCAGCUGGAGCAGGAGCUGCGGCAGCUCCAGCACCUGCAGGAGACCAACACAUCCCUGAGCACCCAGCUCCAGGCCAUGGCACAGACCCAAGAUUCCAACCGGGCUGCGUGGGAUGGGGAGAGGGCAGAGCUGAGCCGCCGGAUCCGGGAGCUGGAGGGCAGGAUGGUGGAGCUGGGCCCGCAGCAGGCGCAGCUGCAGGAGCUGGAGGCAAGGCUGAAGGAGAGCCAGCAGCGCCUGGCUGACAGGGAGAGGCUGGUGCGGGAGAACGGGCGCCUGCAGGAGCAGCUGCUGUGCCUGGAGGAGUCCCUGCGGAACACCGAGGGCAUCCUGGAGGAUGAGAAGAGGCGAGCGGCCGAGAGCCUGGAGGGCAGCCUGGCGCGUAUAGCAGAGCUGGAGGCCGAGCGGCAGCGCCUGCAGCCGGAGCCGCGCAUGGAGGAGGUGACCGCGGCGCCGGAGCAGCGCCCGGGCUCCGAGCACCAGGAGGCACAUGGCAGGCUUGAGGCGGAGCUGAGCAGUGCCCGUGCCAGGGCUGAGGAGCAGGAGGCUGAGGAGCGGCGGCUGAAGGCUGAGGCGUGUGCCAUGCGCGAGCGGGUGACCGCGGCGGAGCAGGCGCUGGAGCAGCACCGGAUGGAGGCACAGCGCGCGGCAGAGGCGGCCGCGCAGGAGCUGGCGCGGGAGCGGCUCCGGUGCCAGGAGAUGGAAGGUGCCAUGGAGCGGAUGCGCGGUGCCGAGGCCGAGGGGCAGCGGGUGCGCUCCCGGCUGGAGGAGGAGCUCCGGGAGCACCGGAGGGAGCUCAGCAGCCGCGAUGAGGAGGCCGCGCGGCUGCGGCAGGAGCUGGAGCGGGGCCGGGCCGAGAGCGCAGCCGAGCGCGGGCGCAGGGCGGAGAUGGAGGCUCAGCUCCAGAACAGCCUCAAUGAGCAGCGCGUGGAGCGUGGCCGGCACCGCGAGGAGCUGGCGCGGGUGCGGGAGCUGCUGCAGGAGCUGCACCGGGACAGGGCCUCGUGCGCCGAGGAGCUGCGGGAGCUGCAGGGAUCGGUCACCAGGCUCCGGGGGGAGCUCACCGCACCGGGGGACACGGAGCCGCAGGGGCCGGCAGAGGCUGCACAGAGCAAGGCCAUAGAUGGAGACAGCACCAAAGGCUCGGAGGGGGAGCCGGAGCCGAGCAUGGCUCUGUCCACAGAGGUGCAUGCCCUGCGCGUGCAGGUGGAGGGGCUGGAGCAGCGCUACCGGGAGCACCGGGAGAGCGCGGCCGCGGUGCUGGAGGCUGCGCACAAGGAAGGGGCUCAGCACCGGAGCAAGGCAUCGGAGCUGCAGAAGCUGCUGGAGGCAGCACGGGCGGCACAGGCGCUGCAGGACGGGAACACCGAGGCCCUGCGCCAGGAGCUGCUCCAGAGCCGCGGCACCAUCGCGGCCCACGAGCAGGAGCUGGCCGCUCUGCGUGCUGCAGCACAGGACCGCGGCCGUGCCGAGGAGGGGCUGAAGGAGCAGCUCACACAGUGUGUGCAGGAGCUGGAGAGGAAGAGCAGCCUCGUCGGGAGCCUGGAGCACGAGGUGUCCGUCCUGCGCCGGCAGGCGGCCGACAAGGAGGCCGAGGGCAAGGAGCUCAAGCGCCUGGUGCUGGCGGAGUCGGACAAGAGCAAGAAGCUGGAGGAGAGGCUGCGGGUGCUGCAGACCGAGAUGGCCACGGCAGCCUCACGUGCGGCCGAGCGCUGCUCGCUCAUGAAGGUGGAGGUGCAGCGGUGCCAGGAGGAGAUGGACAAGCAGCGCGUGGCGAUGGAGGUGCUCCGGAGGGAGCGGCAGAGCCAGGGCGAGCGCGAGGAGGAGCUGCGGCAGGAGCUGCGGCGCGGCCGGGACGAGCACCGGCAGCAGGAGCAGGUGGUGGCUGCGCUGCGGCAGGAGCUCAGCACCGCGCAGGGCCUGGCUGCGGAGCUGCCGUCGCUCAAGCUCCUGUGCCAGCAGCUGCAGGCUGAGCGCGGUGCUCUGGAGAGCCAGCACCGGCAGGAGCUGGAGCAGCACAGCCAGGCUAUGGGCUCCAUGCAGGCAGAGCUGGCAGCGCUGCGGGAGCGCGCGGCCGAGCGGGAGCACACUGUGCAGCGGCUGCAGGCGGAGCUGGGGCAGGCGCAGGAGCGGCACGGACGGGAGUUGGAGCGGAUCCGGGUCACAUCCGAGGAGAUGGUGGCCGGGAGCCGGCGAGAGGCACAGGAGGCAGCGCGGAAGCUGGAGGCUGUGGGUAAGGAGCAGGAGAGCAGCAGAGCGGCGGCGCUGGAGGAGAGGAGGGAGCUGCAGGAGGACAGGGAGCGGCUGGCGGCGAAGGUGGAGCAGCUGGAGGUGGUUCGGAAGGAGCAAGCCAAGCAGGUGGAGGAGCUCACCAAGAAGCUGACCCAGCAUGAGAAGAGUGCACGGAGCCACCAGCAGAGAGUGAAGGCGCUGGAGGGGGAGCUGCAGGCGGAGGCCACACGGCAGCAGCAGCGGCUGGAGGAGCUACAGGAGCAGCUCGCGCAGAAGGAGCAGGCGGCCGAGCACUACAAAGGCCAAAUGGAGAAGGCAAAAACUCACUACGAUGCGAAGAAGCAGCAGAACCAGGAGCUGGCAGAGAAGCUGAAGGCCAUGGAGCAGCUCCAGAAGGAGAACACGGAGCUCCGGGCUGAGUCCGAGCGCUUGGCCAAGGAGCUGCAGCAGAGUGUGCUGCAUGCCAAGGAGACGGAGCUGAGCUGCAGGAACCUCACCAGCCAGGUGCACAGCCUGGAGGCCCAGGUGGAAUUUGCCAACCAGCAGCUCCGGGAACUUGGCAAGAUCCAGGUGCCGAAGACCACACUGAAGGGCCAGGAGCUGUUCCCCCAGAGCCCUGCCGACAUCAGCGCCGACAGCCUGGACCUCAGCCUGGAGGGAGCGCAGUCCCUGCACACCAGCAGGAAGGCCACCCGCUCCCGCUCCGAGGCCUCACUGGCUGCUGGCACCGAGGAGUCCCCAGCCCCGCGGCGGCUGCCACGCAAGGUGGAGUCCCUGGAGAGCCUUUACUUCACCCCCCUGCCCGCCCGCACCCGGGCCCAGCGCCGCUCCAGCACCGGCUCCUGCGGGGACCUGUCGCUGGACUCCGGCUGCCAGACCCGCUCCGCGCGGCGCCGAACAACCAUCAGCAUCACCAUGACCAAAAAGGAAGCCCAUCCCGAGGACCUGGACAGCUCUGAGCUCUCCUUCCGCAGCCUCCCCGCAGCUCAGGCUCGUGCUGCCCCUGCCCGGAGCCGCCGGCGCUCGGGCUCCUCUCGCUCCAUCACCACGUUCCCGUCGCAGGAGUCACUGUCCCCCCCAGACACCUCCUCCCCACAGGACCCCCAUGGCCAUGCCGCGCUCAUGGCACUGCCCGGAUACCGCCCGGUGACCCGCAGCUCCCUGCGGCGCAUGCAGGGGGGCAGCAGCUCCAGCCUUGGCCGCAGCAGCCUCUACCUUGGCACGUGCCAGGAUGAGCCGGAGCAGUUGGAUGACUGGAACCGCAUCGCGGAGCUGCAGCAGCGCAACCGCGCCUGCCCCCCCCACCUCAAGACCUGCUACCCCCUGGAGAGCAGGCCCUCCAACUCGUUGGCCACCAUCACGGACGAGGAGAUGAAGACGGGGGACCCGCGGGAGACACUGCGCCGCGCCAGCAUGCAGCCCUCGCAGGGCCCCCCCCCGCGCCGCACCACCCUGGGCACUGCAUGGGCUGGCAUCACCACCCGCCAGCAGCGCAAGAGAGCAGCCAGUGAGGAACCACAGGGACCUGACACCCCCGAGCCCAAGAAGCCUCCCACAUGCUUCCCUCGGGCACAGACCCCACAGCGCCGCAGUGCUCAGCACCACAGCCUGCAGCCGGCGCCCGGCAAGCCGCCCGAGCGCCGCCAGUCCUUGGCCUUCAGCAUCCUCAACACCCCCAAGAAGCUGGGGAACAGCCUCCUGCGCCGCGCCAACCGCAAGGCCACCGCCAAGGGCUCCCCCCGCGCCGGAUCGCGCCGCUCGCCCCGCAUUGCCACGGCCAAGACCCCCAAGGGCAAGGCCAAUCGCCAGCAGCUCAAGGACACCAAAUUCUGAGCUUUGUCCCCAUCUCCCCCCCCCACCCCAAGGCUACAGCAGCUCCGGGGGGGGGUGAUGGGACAAUGGGGGGGACACCUUCCCCUCGUCCCAUUGCCCCCCUGGGGCUGCCCCCCCGCUGCUCCCUGCGCCCAGGCUGGGCACUACCCCCGGCUCUGCCUGCACCCACAGGCAGGACCCCCCUGCCCCUCGGGACCCCCCCAACCCUUGGGGCACCCGGAGGGCAGAAAGGGGCAUUUUUAAGGUAUUUCUACUUGUAAAUAAAGUGUAUUUUUCUCCUGCA